AUGACUAGGUUUUCCUCGGCCAUUGUUCGAGUUGUAUCAAUUGACGCCAUGGAUACUAUCAUCACAACGAAGGAACCCAUCAGUAAUGUCUAUACUCGUGUUGCUGGCGAGUUUGGUUUCGUCGUAAACUCUUCCGAUAUUGCUUCUGCAUUUCCUGGCCACAUGAAGAAGUUAUUCAAUAGUCAUCCCUGCUUUGGAUAUAAUUCAAUAGGAUCUUCUGAAUGGUGGAGAAGGCUGGUGCAAGGCUGUCUGCAAGAGAUGAAAGCAGUUAUUGGAGAUUUCCGCCACCGGGGAUUGGGAGUUGCAGUGGUGUCAAAUUUUGAUGGUCGCCUAAAGAAAAUACUUCGGGAGCUGGAACUCCUACCGUUGUUCGACAUUGUAGUGGCUAGUGGAGAAGUUGGUGUCGAAAAGCCCGAUCCGAGCAUUUUCAAACUAGUUAUGAAACAUUAUGGGCUUUCAAAUGCUUCUGGAUUGCUUCAUGUAGGAGACAAUUUCGAGAAGGACUAUAAAGCAGUUAGGGAUAUCGGUGGGAAUUCUGUCCUAUUCGAUCCAUCCUCAAGCAAUCGCGAAAUUGUGAAUGAACACAGAAUAACAUCAUUCUCGGAACUCAAGGUUGAGUAG